UCCGUCACUUCCUGCCGCUACCGGUGUGGACGGUGGGUGGCGGCAGGCCGGCUCCGCGGCGCUCCCCUCCCCUCUUCCCUCCCUCCCUCUCCCUCUCUCCCUUGGCGGCCGCGAGUCGCGGGGACUCCGGAGCCGGCCUUGGUGUGAGUGCGGAGCGCCGCGGCGGGCUGAGGAGAAGGACACACGCGGUCCGCGCUUCGCGUUACCCCGCUCGCCGCCGCCAUGGCCAUGAGGCAGACGCCGCUCACUUGCUCCGGCCACACGCGGCCCGUGGUGGACUUGGCCUUCAGUGGCAUCACGCCUUACGGCUAUUUUCUGAUCAGCGCCUGUAAAGAUGGCAAACCUAUGCUUCGCCAGGGAGAUACAGGAGACUGGAUUGGAACAUUUUUGGGUCAUAAAGGUGCUGUUUGGGGUGCAACGUUGAAUAAAGAUGCCACCAAAGCUGCCACAGCAGCUGCAGAUUUCACGGCCAAAGUGUGGGAUGCUGUCACGGGAGAUGAAUUGAUGACCCUGGCUCAUAAGCAUAUUGUCAAGACUGUGGAUUUCACACAGGAUAGCAACUACCUGUUAACUGGGGGGCAGGAUAAACUGCUGCGCAUAUAUGACUUGAACAAACCUGAGGCAGAACCUAAGGAAAUUAGUGGUCACACUUCCGGUAUUAAAAAGGCUCUGUGGUGCAGCGAGGAUAAACAGAUUCUUUCAGCUGAUGAUAAAACUGUUCGUCUUUGGGAUCAUGCUACAAUGACUGAAGUGAAAUCUGUGAAUUUUAACAUGUCUGUUAGCAGCAUGGAAUAUAUCCCUGAGGGAGAGGUCCUGGUUCUCACUUAUGGGCGGACUAUUGCUUUUCAUAGUGCAGUAAGUCUGGAGCCAAUUAAAUCCUUUGAAGCUCCUGCAACCAUCAAUUCCGCGUCUCUUCAUCCUGAGAAGGAAUUUCUUGUUGCAGGUGGAGAAGACUUUAAACUAUAUAAGUAUGACUACAAUAGUGGAGAAGAAUUAGAAUCCUACAAAGGUCACUUUGGCCCCAUUCACUGUGUGAGGUUUAGUCCUGAUGGUGAACUCUAUGCCAGUGGUUCUGAAGAUGGGACAUUGAGAUUGUGGCAAACUGUAGUAGGAAAAACCUAUGGCCUUUGGAAAUGCGUGCUUCCUGAGGAAGACAGCGGGGAACUGGCAAAGCCAAAGGUCGGUUUUCAAGAAACAGCGGAAGAGGAGCUGGAAGAAAUUGCUUCAGAGAAUUCAGAUUCCAUCUAUUCUUCAACUCCUGAAGUUAAGGCCUGAGCAUCAGCUGUGUGCCAUAGGUGCCAUAUAGUUUAUGGACUAAACAAGCAGAGAAAAGCAUCAGCCUUCAGAGUGACUCUCUGCCUGUGGCAAGGAAGGCAGAAAAUAUUGGGGAAUAUGAAUUAGCUCCAGUGCACGAACAACUGCUGGGUGUUCCUGUGAGUGAAAGUAGCUGCGUGUAUGAGGUGCAGGCAGGAGGGUUAUGCUCGUGUAGUGCCACAGCCUGCUGUCUCGAAUGAGCAAGCCAACGUACACUUUACAUUUUACACUUACAUUUCUUGUAGCUGUUUAUGUUAUGGAGAAGAAAAAUAUAUUGGCCUAUUUUUGUGACUUUUCCCUUAAAGCAGAACGCCUUUUUUCUCUUAGUUGGGAAGAAGAGGAUUUACACGAUAAAGAAACUGGUUUGGUCUCUUUCAUUGUACACUGACUGCUUCUGAACAUCUAAUAUUUUUUAGUUAUCUAAAUAAAAUGCCUCUAAAACAAAAUGAUGUUCUGUUUCUUUAAGAAAUUUUGAUGCAUUUGAGUAUUAAAACUGGAACUAUCCAAAAAGCUUCUACAUCAUAUACAGCAUUGUGUAGCAGAAGUUUGGUUACAGGGUCUGAACUGAACAUUCCCUAAUUCUGAAAUUCAGUUACAUAAACUUGAUAUUUUCAUUCUGGGUGUUCAUUUACCUUCUUCCAGAUUGAUAGAAUUGCUUUUCUUGCAUCUUUAAACAUGCAUGUUAGUUACUAAAAAAGAAAGGCAAUUGGAAAGAACAGAAAAAUAACUUGAAACUUGAUUCUUGUGAAAAUCACUAGACAUGGAAGAAUGUCUGUGUUUGUACAGACUGGGGUAAUCGAAACUUGCAAUAUUGAAGAUGUAUUAGACUUUGUAUCACAUCCUUUAAAUUUGGGUCAUUCAACUUUCUAAUAAAUUGGAUCAGUUGAGUAUAUUUGUAGUUUAUUUACUUUUUACUAUAUGAAGAGAUUAAAUUAGUAAUUUGAAAAUGCAGAUGAGUAGCGUCUGUUAAUUUGCUUUUUUGUAAUUUGUCUUUUGAAUGACCUUUAAUACUUUGCUUAAAAGAAAGAAAAGUUGUUUUGUCAGGUUUGUGACAACUGACCAGAAGCAGGCACUACAUGCAGUGCUGGCCUGGGAGAGUCCAUUGAUGAGCCUAAGGGCAGUAUUGUUCCUGUGUCCGUGUUUAACAUGCCUGGUCCUCUGCUCUGUACCAGUAUUGUCGAUGUAUCAAGAAUUAAACUGAGAGUUUGACCCUCAAUAAAAAUUUACAUGCA